AUGGCUCGGACGCCGAACGAGACGUUAAAGGUAAAACUUGUCGACACAGCUGGUCUGGACGAGGGCCCCCGAGGCACAGUCCCAGAUAAGGAAGCUCGAAGAAUUUUGAAGAAGCUCCUUCGAACUCUGAUGCAGCAAGGCAAUAUUCAUCUCGUCAUGUACUGUGUGCGGGCUGAGAGAGAGAUUCGGACGCUCCGCCGGAACUAUGAGUUAAUCCGCUCCCAAGUCAAGAGGAAAGUUCCAAUUGUCCUUGUCGUCACAUGUUUGGAAUCCUAUCAACCAAACAUGGAAGACUGGUGGAAGGUCAAUAAACGAACCAUCUCAAACUUCGGGAUGACCUUUGCUGACCACGCAUGUAUCACUACGGCGAUAAUGACAGGACCUAUGUUCAAGGAGCGCCGCACCCAGUCAUACGAUGCUGUCUGCAAACUCAUCGAGCACUGUCGUCCAUCGAAUAACACAGGGGUUCGCACUGGAUCGUUAUCAGGCAGUUUUAACGGGGUUCCAAGGACCAAGCCUAACACUAUCGUGGUCUUUGGGGCGAAAGGAGCAGGUAAAAGCUCACUCAUCAACCUCAUGGCGGGAAAGGAUGUAGCAGGCACAUCCUGUAGCAUUAGACACUGCACAGAUCGCUGGAAAGAAUAUCCCGUCGAAUUCGGCGGCGAGGUUUAUAGGGUGUUUGAUACCGUUGGACUCUGUGGCGAGUCUUAUGAAGUGUUCAACACUGCCGGAGCCAAUGGACUACAGCUGGAAUUCUCACAGUACCUCGACGCUAUCGAGAAUGCCUAUAACCUCGUUCAGGCUCGAGAGAAAGAAGGGGGAAUUGGCCUUCUUGUGUUCUGCGUGUCCGGCGCAGGCAAACUCAAUGCUAUGCACCAAAACAAUUACCGGUUCUUUCACGAAUUCCUCUGUGGCAAGAAGGUUCCUAUCGUUCUAGCGAUCACGAACCUUGAAAGGGAGUUGGAUAUGGAGAAGUGGUGGACGAGAAAUCAGGACACCUUUUGUAAGAAGAAGAUCCUCGUCAAUGGUCAUGCUUGCAUCACUGCCAUUCAAGUCAAAAACAAACCAAUGUUGCAAGAAAAAUCACGCAACGCGAUCUGGAACCUUGUCAAGGAAUUCACUGCUGACGGGCAGAAACCAGCAUGGAAAGGAGGAAACGACCUGUUCGUGUCAUCGAUGUCACCUGUAAGGAAGGAUAUUGUCUCCUACCUCACCAAGCGCUGCCAUAUGCCUCUGGAAGUCGCAAAAGAGUUAGCUAGUAAGAUCAAGAAAGACAUAGUAGGUUAUGAAGCUGCACAGAAGUACAGUGGCGCCAAUGCCAGUGGCCAUGCUAGCGAACUGGAAGAAUUUGAGCUACUUGACUUCGACAAUACGGUGAAAGGCUAA